UGUCAUUUUAUCAAUACUCAUUAAACACAACUCUACUGACUCUUUGAAAACCGAGAUUUUCCGCGGACUCAAUCUUCUCCUUGGAACUAAUGACUUUCCGGACAACCAGUAUAAGUUGAAAAAACUUUACAAAGCAACCAGUGACACAAUGGAAUGUCAUGUUUUUUGCAAGAAGUGCAUGAAAUAUGUGGGAUUGAAAGAAGAAAAGUUACUCUGUCCAUCAUGCAAUGAGUUGAUCAAAAAAUCAGAAAAGGAAGAAAAUUUCUUCUUUACCGCCAAGCUGAAGAAUAUUUUGUCAUCAACACUUGAGAAGAAUAGCGAGAGCUAUGAUGGAAACUUUGCUGAAAUGCCAUUAGUGAGGGCAGAUGGAGAAGAGAAAGUCUUUUCUGAUCUCCCAGAUGGAAGCAUCCACGCUUCGCUUCGUGGAAAAUUCGGACCUUCCAUUCAUAGUUACAACAUUUUCGGGGAUGCUGCACCUGCUUUCGAAGCCUCGAAGAAAUCCAUUUUUGCUCUGAUGUUGGCUCCAAACUUUAUUAAAAAAUCGGAGAGGUCUCGAAACGUGAAGCUAGCAGCAAUCUGGGUGGGCCGAAAAGAGCCUGAUAUGAAUGUUCUUCUACAGCCUUUUGUUAAAGAGGCUAGGUAUAUUGCUGAAAAAGGAAUUCAGUGGACGGACCACAACGGAGAAGCGAGAAACUGUAAAAUUUUCCCACUCACAGCAGUCGCAGACUCGGUCGCGAGACCCAAGAUGAUCGGGUCAUGCGUACACAAUGCUCAAUUUGGAUGCACUUGGUGUUAUCACCCCAACGACGCCAUUGGGCAGUCGUACAACAGGUAUACUUUUCGAGAACCAUGUGCGCCACUACGCACUAACGUAUCCUGGAAAGAGGAUUUGGACACUGCCUUAAGCACAGGUGAGCCCUGCAAGGGUGUUCAAAAUGAAAGCGUUCUGCUGGAUCUACCAGGGUUUCUCAUCCCUGAAAAUAUUGGAGUUGAGCAGAUGCACGCGGCUGAUGUAGGCCACUCAAAAACAGUCCUGAAAUUGUGGACAAGCAAUUUUCGCCAAGACUACUACAUUUACACUCCUGCAAAGCGAAUGCUCCUCGACAAAAAUAUGUCUGAGGUGCGACUGCCGACUCUGAAAAAUGCAAGAUUGCUCACAAAAUUUACAGACUUUAAAUCAUGGAAAGCUAGCCAGGCAAAGUUGUGGACUCUUCACUUGAGUGUGCCAUUGCUCAUUGAGGUACAGAAGCCAAAAGAUGUAGCGGUUUGGGCAAGAUUUGUCGCUGCAUAUUGGCUCCUUAAUCAGUCCACGAUUACGGAGACUGAUCUGAUUACUGCUCAAACCUACCUAGAGGAGCAUUCUCAAGGAUAUGAGACACUCUACGGAACUCUGGUCAUGACGUCAAACCUUCAUCAGUCUCUUCACUGGCCAUUGGCUGUUGCUCGAAUGGGUCCGUUACAAAACUUUUCGGCAUACCAGUAUGAAGGAAAGUUCCCAGACAUCAAAAAAGACAUCAGCAGCACGAAAGCUACCGCACAACAGGUAAUGGAGCGUGCAAUCAUGAGAGAAUCGCUCCCUCACAUUGCACAGACAGUGCUCAGGAGGCAACAAACAAAAGAGUACGUUUCCCAACUCUUAGAAGGCAAAUCUACCAAAGUCGGACCACCUGAGACAAGAGGCCCACCAACGUCUGAAGAUGCUGAAGGGAAGCACUUCAAGAAAGCACUGUGGUCAGGAUUUGUCCUUCGAACUUUUGAGAGUCAGAAGGGUACACGCAAAUGUGACUCUUGCGUGCAACUGAAAGACAAUACAUUUGGUAUCGUCACAGAUGUCAUGAAAAUUGUUGAAAACAACAAAGUCAGAUUAAAAAUUUUAUCUUUGAACUGCACGCCACACAUCAUCAAAAAGUGCACAAUUAGGUCGGGCGAUCGUGAACUGAAUAUGGAAGACCUGAAGCUCCCUCAUCUUUAUUCAGCAAGUGUGGCGCACCAGCGAUUGAGGGUGGUAGAUGCCGAAAUGGUCAAGGGUGUUUGUAUUUUGAUGGAAAUGACAAAUGGAAAGUUGUAUGUUAUAGUGCUUUGCGCGGGUCGCGGGUUUGAGGGUUGA